AUGCAUCGUCGAGGUGGCAAGCGGAUCCGAAUGGAUGAUCCUCCUCCGGAGUACGUAAAUCCUAUGACACCAGCAACUCCUAUGACGGACUAUGGGGGUCAAUCUGUUCAUGAACCUGAGCCGUCUAAUAUAAACUAUUCUGGGUUUAAUGCUGGAGCUCCGGUUAAUUCGACUGCUAUAGAAGCCCCCAGAGAAGAGCCGGAUGAGCAUGAAGACGAGUUAAGGUCACCUUCACCGGCAAUUACAAAACGCAUAACGCGAAGCAGGGGUCGAGGUGGCGACGGUGGCUAUGUCGGACGAUUAGCAGAGUCGCCUCCGCCGCCCCCAGUUCGUCCCAGACGCGGUCGAGGUGGUCGAGGCAGAGGCCGAGGAAGAGGUGGAGCUCCACCACCACCUGCAUACUCUCCACCCCCAGUUCUCCUGCCUGGUGAUGAUGAAAACAGUUUAUAUAAUCUACUGCGAUUCAACAAAACUGCAAUUAAUCAAGUUGUUGACAUGUGGAUUGAGGAGUACAAAAGCAACAAGGAAAGUGCACUGGUGCAGCUCAUGCAGUUUUUCAUAAAUUCCUCUGGGUGUCGAGGAAAGGUCACACCAGAUAUGGCUCAAAUGGACCAUACACUUAUCAUUAAGAAAAUGACUCAGGAGUUUGAUGAGGAAAGUGGUGAAUAUCCUCUAAUAAUGUCAGGCCAGACUUGGAAAAAAUUCAGAGCAAACUUCUGUGAAUUUAUUCAGACAUUAGUAAAAAUGUGUCAAUACAGCAUCAUCUAUGACCAAUACCUCAUGGACAAUAUCAUCUCACUGCUUACUGGGUUGUCCGACUCUCAAGUUAGAGCAUUCAGACACACUGCAACAUUAGCUGUGAUGAAGCUCAUGACCGCUCUGGUAGACGUGGCGUUGCUGACCAGCGUGAACUGCGACAACUGCCUCCGCCAGUACGAGGCCGAGCGGCUGAAAGCCCGAGACAAGAGGGCUUCCGAUCGACUCGAGGUGUUAGUGGCCAAGAGGCAGGAGCUGGAAGAAAAUAUGGAAGAGAUCAAGAAUAUGCUGUCUUAUAUGUUUAAAUCUGUCUUCGUACAUCGAUACAGGGACACGUUGCCGGACAUCAGAGCUAUCACAAUGUCGGAGAUCGGAAUAUGGAUGGAGAAGUUCCCGGCUCACUUCCUGGACGAUCUCUACCUGAAAUACAUUGGAUGGACUCUACACGAUAAGGUGGGCGAGGUGCGUCUGCGGUGUCUGCAGGCCUUGCACCCUCUGUACGAGUGCGAGGAGCUGAAGAGCAAGCUGGAGCUGUUCACCAGCAAGUUCAAGGACCGCAUCGUGUCCAUGACGCUCGAUAAGGAGACGGAGGUGGCCGUCCACGCGGUCAGACUGGUCAUCGCGAUACUCAAGAUGCACCCCGACGUGCUGACGGACAAGGACUGCGAGAACGUGUACGAGCUGGUGUACUCGUCGUGGCGCGCCGUGGCGUCGGCGGCCGGCGAGUUCCUCAAGUGGCGCCUGUUCCGCGACGACUCGCCGCCGCCCGCGGCCAGGUCGCGACGCGGCAAGGUGCGGCUGCCCAACACGGGCCUGCUGCGGGACCUGGUGCAGUUCUUCAUCGAAUCCGAGCUGCACGAGCACGGCGCGUACCUCGUCGACUCGCUCAUCGAGUCCAACCCGAUGAUGAAGGACUGGGAGUGCAUGACGGACCUGCUGCUGGAGGAGGCCGGCCCCGGCGAGGAGGCGCUCGACAACCGCCAGGAGUCGUCGCUCAUCGAGCUGAUGGUGUGCUGCGUGCGGCAGGCGAGCACCGGGGAGCCGCCGGUGGGCCGCGCCCCCGCCCGCAAGCACCCGCCGCCCAAGGACGCCAAGGUCGUGGCCGAGGAGAGGGCCAAGAUGACGGCGCACUUCGUGGUCGCCAUCCCGGCGCUGCUGGACAAGUUCAGCGCCGACCCCGAGAAGCUCACCAACCUGCUGGCCAUCCCGCAGUACUUCGACCUCGAGCUGUACACGACGCAGCGCCAGGAGGGCAACCUGCUGCUGCUUCUCAACAAGAUUCGCGACAUCGUCUCGACGCACACCGAGGCCGAGGUCAUCGAGACCUGCGGCAAGACCCUGGAGGUGCUCUGCAGCGAGCAGUGCGCCGUCUACUCGCGCUGCAACGUGGCGCGGGCCACCGUCACCGACCACUGCGUCAACCGCUACAAGGAGGCCGUGGACGACUACCGCAGCCUCAUCGAGGGGGGCGAGACCCCCGACGCGGACGAGAUCUUCAACGUGGUGAACUCCCUCCGCAAGGUGUCCAUCAUGUACAUGUGCCACAACCUGAACGACACCAACAUCUGGGACUCGCUCUUCGAGGACCUGCCCAAGUGUCUCAAGAACAACGAGACGCAGAUGCCCACCGAGGCGUUGGUGUUCGUGGUGCGUUCCUGCUUCUACUCGCUGCUGUGGGCGUUGCACGAGGCGGAGGAGCGGGGCGUGACGGGCGAGGCGGCCUCCGCCCUGAGGGAUCGGCUGAGGGCCUACGUGCACCACUGCCAGCUCAUCGUCGCCGACGGCCUCACGCUGGAGCUGCGGGAGGAGGCGUACGUGUCCCUGUGCGACCUGCUGAUCUUCUUCGCGGAGCAGGUGGCCCUGGGGGACUCGGCGCUGCGGCCUCUCGUGCUGGAGGCCGACUCGCACCUCUGCGAUCUGCUGAACGCCGCCGUGCAGGAGUUCGUCUUCUCGCACCAGAACUACGACGGCCAAGACGAGAGACGCAUCGAGGAGCUCCACAAGCGCCGGAACUUCCUGGCCGGGUACUGCAAGCUGAUCAUCUACAACGUGGCGCCCAUCCGCCGGGCCGUCGACGUCUUCAAGCAUUACAUCAAGUGCUACAACGACUACGGGGACAUCAUCAAGGCGACGCUGAGCAAGGCCCGCGAGAUCAACAAGCAGAAUUGCGCGCUGGCCAUGGAGCUGGCCAUGCAGGCCCUGUACUCCGACAUCAGGGCGAAGCAUCCGAACCCGCAGCGGAACUCGCCCGAGCUGCUCGAGCUGAAGGAGUUGGCGAAGCGUUUCUCGAUGAUGUUCGGGCUGGACGCCCUGAAGAACCGCGAGGCGCUCGUGACGCUGCACCGCGCCGGCAUCUCGUUCGCGGCGCUGGAGCCCUCCGCGGGCGGGCAGCCGCCGCCCAACCUGCUCUUCCUGGAGCCGCUGGCCGAGUUCUGCGCCAAGCUGCUGCGGCCCGACAAGCGACAAGUCCUCAGGUACCUGGACGCCCGCUUCCCGAUGCAGUGGGCGGAGGAGUGGGCGCCCCUCUUGGCCUACCGCACCGCCCUCGUCACCGACGCCCCCGACGACCGACCUCCGCCCGCCCGGCGCCACUACGCCCGCAGGAACAAGGGCCAAGCGGAGGAGGACGAAGGCGACGACAACGCCGAUUCCGACCAAGACGCGGCGUGAGCCCCCGCCCCCACUUCUCUGACCGACGGACCCGUUUCCAUAGUUUCACAUUCGUGCAGGAGGCCGACUUCUAUUAUUCUGGUAUAUCUCUUGAAAGGUCACGGAAGCGGUAUACAUUUUUAUACAUUUGAGGUAAUGUCAUCGAGUAUCGUAAUAGACAAUAGAUGUGUAGAAUGAACUAUUUUGAAUUUGACAGAUAUUUUUGUAAUAAAAACAUUUUUUUAUGAA